CCACUAUUGACUUUCCGAAAAGUGGACCAGACCUCCCACCAUACCCAUCACGCUCCACCUUAACCGGGUCCACCAAGGAAUCAACUCUAGCUCUCCUCUCUCUCCGUAUAACAUACGUAUGCAUACAAAUGUUAUGCGGAAAAAGAGAGUCCGGAAUCAUCUUGAUAUUGGAUUUUCAGCACCCCUUAUUCUACAUGGACUUUGAAGAGUUUUUAUUAUUACAUCCAUAAAACAAGAAUAAAAAUCAUCUCUUUUCAGGGAUGGGUUUUUUUGGUUAAGAAUCCUUUUUUCUCUUUUGAAUUUCAAGAAUAAGGGCAUGGAGGAUAUAUAACCCUUUUGGCUUUGAAGGAAGGUGGAGUUUGACUUUGAAGCUGGAAGGGUUUUAUUUCUGUUGUUGGACCCUUUGGUUGGAUUUUUAUGAGCAUCUGUUGCAGGUCUAUUCUGUAAUCUGCCAUUGGAUUGGUUUAGGAAUUCCUAGAGUUUGAUGGAGGUGGAAUUUGAUUCUUCUCUCUUCGUUGCCUGAUGGGAGUAGAAAUCUUUUCUGGAAUAGCUUUUGUGAACUGUGUGUGAAUUUUGGGGGAAAUUCUUGAUUUUUGAAGGAGAGUAGUUGAACAGAGUAGUGAGCAGAUAUAUAAUAGGUUCUUGAACUUGGCAAGAAUGGAGGAAGAGACUACUUCUUGGAUAAGGAGAACGAACUUCUCUCAUACUGUUUGUCAUCGAUUUGAUUCUUCCAGAUUGGCCUCUGUACCUUUCACUGUUGUACCAAAUAGAUUUUCAGGCAACUUAUCUAGACCAGAAGCAACUCGUGCGAAGCAGAGAACUGGACCAAAUGUUGUCCACAUUCAGAAUAACCCUUCUACCAACAAGCCGAGGGCUGUAUCCCCUCAACCAGAGAUUAAAAUUCCUGAUACCUUUAAGGAAGCACGGUCGCAUCAGAAGAGGUUCUCAACUCCAGUUCCGCGAAGGAAAGAGCUGGAAAAGAGAGGUUCUGGAAAGUUGUUUUAUAGGGAGUCCCAGGGAACCAAGUCUCCAAUUUCGAAGUCGCCUGGAUCAAAGUCUCCAAGAACUACAAGUCCCCUUAGGCACUUCACAUCAAUGAAAUUUUAUAGCAGCAAGUCCAAGAAUAAGGAUUCGGCGUGGACCAAGUAUUUUGAUCAUGGUGGGGGGAGGGUCACCUCUGUGGAGACUGCAGAUGAGCAUAUGGUUGAUCUUUCAAAGUUGUUUUUGGGGCUAAGAUUUGCUCAUGGCGCACACAGUCAGCUCUACCAUGGGAUUUAUAUGGACAAACCGGUUGCAGUGAAGAUAAUCAGAGUUCCAGAUGAUGACGAAAAUGGGGCCUUGGGUGCUCGGUUGGAGAAGCAGUUUACUAGAGAGGUCACUCUCUUGUCUCGUCUCCAUCAUCCAAAUGUUAUAAAGUUUGUAGCGGCAUGUCGAAAACCACCAGUAUUUUGCAUCAUAACAGAAUAUUUACAAGAGGGAUCUUUGAGAGCGUACUUGCACAAGCUUGGGCGUAAAUCUCUUCCUCUAGACAAGUUGCUCUCAAUGGCUUUGGACAUUGCUAGAGCAAUGGAAUACAUCCACUCACAGGGGGUCAUUCAUAGAGAUCUCAAACCUGAAAAUGUUCUCAUCACCGAAGAUUUCCACCUCAAAGUGGCUGAUUUUGGCAUAGCUUGCGAGGAGGCAUACUGUGAUCUUCUGGCAGAUGAUCCAGGUACUUACCGUUGGAUGGCACCUGAGAUGAUUAAAAGGAAGCACUACGGGCGGAAGGUCGAUGUAUAUGGAUUUGGACUCAUUUUAUGGGAAUUUGUAGCAGGAACCAUCCCUUAUGAAGAUAUGACACCUAUACAAGCUGCUUUUGCUGUGGUGAACAAGAACUUGAGGCCCGCCAUGCCUGUGGACUGCCCGCCUGCCAUGAAAGCUUUAAUCGAACAAUGCUGGUCAUUGCAACCAGACAAGAGGCCCGAGUUUUGGCAGAUUGUGAAGAUACUAGAAGAGUUUGAGUCUUCAUUUGCUCGUGAUGGAACCCUCAGUCUGGUGCAGAACCUAACAUGCAAAGACCAAAAAAAGGGCCUGCUUCAUCUGAUGCAAAAGCUGGCUCCUAGUCAUCAGACUGCGCCGUCCACGCCUAAACCUAAACUUACCUGAUUUUUUGGGUGAUCUGGCUUUUGUAGUUUCACUAGAUCCCAUUGUAAUUAAAAAAAGGUUAUAACAAGUGCCGUUUUCCAGUAUUUCCUUUUUCUUUCCCUGUAUCCAGAUGUGAAUUAUUAGACUGCAGGCCUGCAUUUAGGCAGACAUCUAUGUAAAAGCCAAGUUAACACGCAUGCAAUCAUUAGGUUUUUUUAACUAUGGUUGCAUAUUUGGUCAUUUUCUACUUAAGGCGGAAGCUUUCGAUUA